UCUCUCUUGGUCUCUCUGUCUGUCUGUCCCUUACCUGCAGUAUUUAGCUCAUUGUUUGUUGCCGUUCCCGUCGCCGCUGGACGCCGCCCAGCCCUCACAUUUCAUAGUCUUUUUCAAUCCCGACUGUUGAGAAAAACACCGGGACCUCAGUAGUGUCCCUAGGCCUGUGUUUGUGGUUUCCGCAAGGAUCGCUCUAGAGAGCGCCUUUGAGCCGCCUUCAGAGCCGAUCAGCUCUGGACCGAUAGAUGGAUGGACACACACACACACACAGAGAGAGAGAGAGAGAGACCGUGCGACUUUGAUGAGACUGUGCGACUUUGAUCUCCAGCCUUGUUCGCUGCUCUCACCCAGCUGAGCCGUCAGUAGCUGCUCUCACCCAAGCGGACGACGAUUGUUGUAACAAAUGUAUAUACACUGAUUGAAAGAUUCUCCUCGAUGAUCUUCUGAGACGUCAUUCAUUCAAUGUUUUCCCCACAUCUACAGAUAGGCUUCGUUGCCUUCAAAUGCCUCAUCGGGGAGAUGUUCUCUCCACUGACACGUUGCAUCAUGAAUGGCUACAGACGUCGACGCGUCGCCUCCGGUUCGCUCCGUAGGUGAAAAUAGAAGAGGCGAACAUUAUACACUAGUCUUCGGGGUAGAUGGAUGUCGUCCGAGAGAGAGGCGAACACCUACAAAUCCGGCACCUAUCUUGCCUGAGCCCUGCCGUUGAUGCGGAUUCCUCAAAGAGACUUCAGGUGUACCCGUGGGGGAUGCCGCGCUGACGGCAAUCUUUCGAAAGGGCUACAAUGAAUGCUCUUGCGAAGACAGCGCCUUCGACCCGCUGGUCUGCUGUUGAUGAAGCGAUUUGUGAAGAACGUAUCGCCGGCGGCCUUGGUCUAUGCCCAGCCCGCUACGCUGUUCGUGUCGGCUCUAUGCCGGCUGCAUUCUUUCACUUUUUCAUUUUUUCAAUGGUCUGAUGAGGAUUAUGCGCUUUCCCUCACCGCCCAGCCCGAUCUGUCGGCUUCAUACAUGCACGCGUGGACGCAACUCCCUGGUGUCUCACUUUCUAGCUACUCAGCCCUCCCCUGCGAACUUAAGCUUGUGUCCCUUGAUGGGUUACCAACGGACGGACAGUCACUGACACAUCCAUCAAAUGUGUCGGUGGUCGUCUGCUGCCGUAUGGAUGGACAAAUCAGUCAUGUCUCGGGCGAUGUCCUCAUGCAAUGAACUCGCCGACGCAUCUAUUGACCCUUCCCCGCCUGCCUGGUCUGCUGUUGCAAUGAGCAACCUACUGGAGGAAGCAUGAGUGGCGGCGUUGUAGUCCAUGGCCGAUCCGCUACCUUUGUAUCGAUGUGAUGCGGCAUGUAUUUCCGCCUCCUAAUACAUUUUCGUUUCUUGUCGGCUUCAUACAUGUACGUGUCGAUGAGCCAUCUGGUGUCUCACUCAAGCUGAGACUUAGCUCCAAUUCAGCUCUCCCCUUGCGAAGGUGUGCCAUUAAAAUAUUAUAUUAUUAUGAUGCAUGAUGCAUAGGCCUUCAUGGGAUCAAUGGACAGACAGACACUGACACAUCCAUCAAAUGUGUCGGCGGUCGUCUGGCACCCCGUUAAAGCGUCCUCCCUUUUUUCAUCUUUACUUGCUGAUUUUUAAAAUUACUCCUUCGAUUUUUUGAGGGCUUUGGGAAGUGUCAAAAAAAGAGAUAGAGGGAGAGGGCACAGAGGGGGGUCAGGAAGGCGAAGCUUUUCGGUUUCCGCCCGCGAAAAAUGGCUAUUUUUGCUGCCGAAAAAAGCGCUCGGCACAUCACCGAGACAGCGGAAACGUCGAGGAAAAUAGUUGAUUGAUUGAUUAAUUGAUUAAUUGAUUAUUUGAUAGUUGAUGUACGUACCAUCCCCGACUGUCUGUCUCUGUAAAUGAAUGUGGUGCCUCUGCCGACACUGUCUGGCACUGUCUGGCUGUUUGUCUGUGUGAAUUAUGUAUGCAUGUCUCUAUGUGUUGUUGUGUAAUUCUAUGUCUGUCGUCUGUGUGCGUGCGUGUAUGUGUGUAAGUGUGAAGGCAAAGUUCGAUGUGUGAAGGACAUUGGUUUACGAGAGAAGAACAUGGCAAAGAAGCUGUGAUUCAAAUUGUGUGUUCACUGGUGUUCCCAGAUAUGCAACUCAAAUUUUCUGAAUAUUUUCCUCCUUUUCUUGCGUUGGCGCGUAGUGCGAGUAUGUGUGUGCGUGGUGGGCGGCGCCGCUGGAAGAUACGUCAGGCGGGCGCUGAGGAUGGUGCUGGCAUGUUUGUCGCAUGAUUGAGGGUUGGUCGAUGUUGACGCAGUUCGUUUUCAUGAGAGACCGACAGACUCCGCCUGCUGUUGCGCUAUGAGUUAACGUAUUUCCCCCCUUCCCUGAUGUGAAGGUGUUUUCCCUUCUUCUUCUUCUUCUUCUCUUCUUCCCGUUUGCGUUGCUCCGGUGCGUCCCAUUUGCGGUGCUCAUCGGAUAAAAAUGCAACUGGGCCUGACGCUUCUGCUGUGGCUCGCCCAGUGGGUAAGAAGCGUCCGAUCGGGGUUCGUUACUAGCCGUUUUUCUCUGUUCGCUUCCAAGCUAUGUAGCUUGACACACUGAAGCAAGGCGAGUCAGUGAGGUUGGUUGGGAGAGAUUCCCUUCCGUAGAAGCGCUCACCGCGCCCAUUGGCUUUACUCAGUGACGUGCUGACUCUGACUGCCUCGUGAAGGAUGGUUGGGAGCGUGCUUGAGAUCGGAAGGGCCACCUCGAGAUCUGCUGGAGCACACGCAACGUGACUUCAAGUGACGUCUUGACGUGUCCAAGCAGAACCGCAUCGAAAUCAGCUACAGAAAAGGUUUAACCCGAGAGCACGUCGGAAUAUACGCGCAAAACGAAACCCCCCAAUUUUACGAGGGUGUUGCGCCUUUACAGCAAAAGCUUUCGGCCUCCUUUUUUAUCACCCAAAGGCUUACUAAGGUCUUCGCGGGACUCCAACCGCCCACCUUCACUCCACGCCAGGUCCGCCCAUCCGUCCCUUCUACGGUCUAGCCACAUCUCCCCCCGUUUCUCCCUCUUGUGCUGUCUGUCUGUGUGCGUGUGUGUUCCUGUUGUCCUUUUGCUGUUGUCGGCGCGGCAGGCCAAUGCAUCCCGGCGUGCCCAGAUCACUGGUCCUCCUCGGCCUCGUCCUCAUACUAGGCUUCUCGUCGGCGGCAGUCGUUGUCUCCCGACCAAACAACACCAGCCGCCCACGCCCUUCCCGUUCCUACGGCGCAGGUGUGUCCCUGCUGACUUCAAAUGCCCUGGAUAUUUCCUCGCGAAAGAGUCGGCUCACCUCCGCGACAGAUGGCGGUCAGCUAGGAGCAGAUGAUGGCAAAACUUCUUCACUUAGCCAGUUCGUUCUCGGUCCAUCUCGCCCGACCAUGGAGCCUAAGCAGAGCAUGGAGGCGUACAUGGACCCGUAUCCCAAGUACAAGAAGUAUCGACACCGCAAGGGCGGGGAUGACUAUGACGAGCAUGAUGAUGACGACGAGUAUUCCAAGUACAAGAAGUAUCGACACCGCAAGGGCGGGGAUGACUAUGACGAGCAUGAUGAUGACGACGAGUAUUCCAAGUACAAGAAGUAUCGACACCGCAAGGGCGGGGAUGACUAUGACGAGCAUGAUGAUGACGACGAGUAUUCCAAGUACAAGAAUCGAAACAAAGCCAAGCACCGCGCGAUUCACGAGGUUUCUAGAAAGACAUUCGACUGUUCGUCAAAUUGCGGUCUUCGACUGCUGCGAUCAGGUAUACAAGAAGCAUCUCCGCGCGUCGUUCCUUGCAUAGUGGACGAUCCGCAUUUGUCUUAUGCAAGCUGGCGAACCAAGAUUUCGGUCACUCCACUCGCACGAGACAUAGGUCGACUGACGUGCCGAUAAGAACUUAAGAGUAGGGAAGCAAUAAUGGAACGCUUCGAUGUGUCACUUAUACGACAAAUCCUUUGUUAAUAUAUCCUGAACGAUCCAUGUCGAAAUACGGACACUUCACGAUGUCGAGGGCCGAUAAUAUCAUAAAUGAGAAGUCCCACAUACAACAAACAAAACAACAUCACACGCCGUCAAAUCUACCCAUCUACAAUAAGGUGGGUUCGUGCUCGUCUGUCUGUUGCCUUGGCGCGUAGUGCGAGUAUGUGUGUGCGUGGUGGGCGGCGCCGCUGGGAGAUACGCCAGGCGGGCGCUGAGGAUGGUGCUGGCAUGUUUGUCGCAUGAUUGAGGGUUGGUCGAUGUUGACGCAGUUCGUUUCAUGAGAGACCGACAGACUCCGCCUGCUGUUGCGCUAUGAGUUAACGUAUGUCACACCCAUCUACAAUCCAUGCGUACUGUCUACCGUGGCUGUUCAUAGAUUGUACGUUGACGAGCGCUGACUAGAAACGUUUGUACGCAUUGUUUUGAUAGAAUGUACAGACGUAAAAUAUAUAAAUACAUAUUAGACACUACGUUGACGGAUGCAUGGUCUUGAAUGGUCGGGAAGGAGAGACACUGGAAGCGUGGAUCGACUGGAG